CCUUCUACUCAUGGGGUCAGACAGGGUUGUGUCUUGGCCCCUACAUCAUUCAAUCUCUUUAUUAAUGAUUUGGCCCAGUGUCUGGAAAAGGUGGAUUCACAUGCAACUGUAUUAUCUCAGACUAGACUAGGGUUGCAAAGAUUGCUGCAUGUUUUCGCCUGGGUCUUGUAAUGAUAACAAGCUAGUUAUCAAUUAUAAAAAAUCAAAGGUCCUGGUUUUACCCAAAUCCAGGAAAUUAUAUAAAUGGGUUGUAAAUCAGAACCGUAUUGAGCAGGUUUACAAAUAUUUAGGCAUUUCCCCCAAUAUAAUCUUAAUUGGAAUACUCAUAGGCCAUCCUCUAUUCCUAUAGCCCGUAAAACUCUUAGUGGCUUUUUGCGCUUCUACUAUUCUAUAGGAGGCCAGUACAUUCCUAUGGCACUUCAUGUAUUUUGGGCUAAGAUUGUGGCUCAAUUACUUUUUGGAGCCUCAUUAUAGAUACAGGGAGUAACAUCUGAUUUGGAGAGAGUACAGUCUAUAUUCCUAAGAGCAAUCUUUGCAGUCCCUAGGUGUGUGUCAUAUUCUGCUCUUUGCCUGGAAUCUGGGUCUCUCUUUAUAGCCUGUAAAGCUUGGGAAUUUACUUUUGCUAGAUGGAUCAAACUCUGUUUAGAGAUCUGGGAAUUUUCUUUCUUACGAUAUUUAUGGUUGGACUCUUAUCCAAACCCCUGGCUAUCUUAUAUAAAUAACAAAAUAAUGCAUUUGGGGCUUUCUCCUUCUGAACUACUUACCCUGGAUAAUAAUAAGGUGAAGGAAAUACGAUUCCUGCGGUUGCAUGAUAUUGAACAUCAGGAACUUAUGUCCUCGGCUAAUAGUACCUGCUCUCCCCUACAUUUUGGGAUCCCCAUGGGAGAUAGAGGUGCUAAUUAUUUAACAACACUUCACUUUUCUAAGUUUCGGGUUGCAUUUGCUCGGGCCCAUUUAAAUGUGCUGCCCUCCUCUCUUUAGGAAAGGAGGUUUGCUAAGGAUCCUUCAACUACGGUUUUCUGCCCUUGUGGCUCUGGCCUCCUGGAAACUGUUAUCCAUGUUCUCUUAUAUUGUUCUUUGUAUCGUGAUGUCAGAGAAGAACUUAUUUCCCCCGUUAGUUAUAUUUCCCAGAAGGUGAGAGCUUUUUUAUACACAAUAUUGCCUUGCAGAUACAAGCUUUGAGGUUACAAAAGUAGUAGCAUUUUUUUUUAUAUUGCUAUGAGAUUAAGGUCUCAAUUAAGGUCCCAAUUUUAGGAGCCGUUUUACUCUUUUUAAAGUAAUUUAUUUUGGAUGCUUGUACACUGUUUUCUUGUGUGUUAUUAUCAGUUAUCAUUUGUGUUUAUUAGCCAUAUGUGUUAUUCUGAUUUUUAUCUCUUUGCUGGCCAACGGCUAUAAUAAAAUUGACUGACACAAAGAAUUCAUCAAACACAUCAUAGCAGGUAAUUGAUGGUUCCAGAUUCUGAUUCAAGGGAGGAGGGGCACAUACUAGCCCUCUCACAACUCCACUGGACGUGAACUCGCGGAUACAAUACAGGCAGAAAAGAAUCACUUCUUUGCUGCAUGUAUCCCCUGAGUAUAGGUCUUCAAAUAAGCUCUAUAUUGCAAUCUUUCGGACUCAAGCUGAGUCUUUCUCCACUAGCGCUCCAGUUGUCUGCCUCACUGCUUCAGCCCCCAUAGUUCUUCCGUAUACCAACGGAUCACUUUUGAAGCGGGACGGAGAAGACACUUAGGAACAAUCAUGUCUGCUGCCUCAAUGAGUUUGCUGUUCCAAUUCUCCACCAGGACAUCAACAGGAUCAUCAGCAGAGCCAGCACUAAAUCCCUCCAAGGCUUCUUGAAAUCCUAUUGGAUCUAAUAACCUUCUCGGGCAGACCAUCCUAAUAGGUCCUUCGCCCCUGCAAAGGUGGGAAGUGAUUGUGAGUCCAACUUUAACCAAAUGGUGGUCCGUCCGUGACAAUGGGGAAAUCACAGGAUUUCCCAUCCACAGAAAUCUUACCCUGAUCAGAGUGAAAGACCAAAUCAAGCAUGUGACCAGCGUCAGUCCUGAGACCACUUGAGACAGGCCUAUCAUUGUCAUGGCCGCUAUGAACUCCUGAGCUGCCCUGGACAAAUUGGUCCCGAAAAGAACAUUGAAGUCCCCCAGCACCACAGGUCUGGGGGACUCUAACACCAAGCCUGAAACCAAGUCCGUCAGCUCAGUUAGGGACUCUGUUGAGCAGUGGGGCGAUGAGUACACCAACAGAAGUCCCAGUCUAUCCCUGGUCCCCAAACUUAAGUACACUUAUUCGAUAUGGUCCGACACUUUAACAGGGAUCCUGGUAAGGGAAAGGUUAUUCUUAUAGAUUACAGCCACUCCACCACCCCGCCUAUGGUCCCUCACCUGCUCCUCAACAGAGUACCCUGGAGGGAGAAGCUGGGACCACACUGGGCCCCCAACCUCCCUCCAGCCAGGUCUCUGUAAUACACACCAGGUCAGCACCUUCAUUCAGAAUCAAAUCAUUGAUGGUUUCUGAUUUGUUAAGGACCGACCUGGCAUUACAAAGAAGCAAUGUGAGGUUCCAAGGUUGGUUGGCAUAGCUCCCCAAGGUCAAAGAGCUGGCAGGACAGCUGUAAGGGGAAACAGCUAUUAAGUUUCCAAAUCCCCUUCCCCUGUAAUGGCCCGCUGACCUGCCAAUGUUACUUUUUCUGUUCCCCACCACCACCGGAAUUGCUUCCAAAGUCAGUGGACAAACCCACAGUCAGUGGACAUGCCCCCUGUGUCCCCAUCUCCAGGUAAGCUCAGACACAUUCUAAAACAAUUUCACCCAAGACAAAUUAAAACAGAAGCCCCACUAUUAAAUGCCCCCCCACACACACACACACACACAUAAAAAUACCUGGGCCAGGAGGCCUGGCCCUCACCUUCACUGUCCCCUGAAGUGGCUCCCCCAAAUGGAUGACCCUCUUUGGUGUAUCCCCUUUGGUGGCGACCCCACCAGUGGCGGGCCCACCACCACAGGCAGCAUCCCUUUAUAGGCCCAGAGAUGACCACCCUGGGCAGAUGGAAAGCAGGGACUGCUGAGUCACUCCUGGGCCCUGUUCCUGCAGAGCAGCCACUGCCAGAGACUGCAGGGCUGGCACAUGGUCUCACUCUCUCCCUCUUCUGCAGGCAGGCACUCAAAAGCAGCAGCAAUGCAACAGACAGCCAACACCAGUCUUUCACCCUGGGGGCCAUCAAGGAAGCAGGUGGUCUCUCCCUCUGCUGCAGGGCUUCUUGCAGGCUGAAGCCAGAGGCAGCGACCCUUUGUAGGCCCAGAGAUGACCACCCUGGGCAGAUGGAAAGCAGCUGAGUCACUCCUGGGCCCUGAUCCUGCAAAGCAGCCACUGCCAGAGGCCACAGCCCCACAGGUCAGGCAAGGGGCUGGCAGAUGGUCCUACCUCUCCCUCUUCUGCAGCCAGUUCUCUCAGAAGACAGCACAACGGCUUGCAUCCAGCCAUAUGAAGAAGUGCAAACUUCUGCUACAGAUCUACUGGAUCAGCAGGACAAUCUGGGAAGGUCCUUAAAAUGUCAUCAAAGCAGGGAGCUACCUAGAAUUCCUCCAAAUAAUGCCAUAGACACUAUCCUCACUACAAGAAAUACAGAAAAUGAUCAUGGACUGGGAAUGGAGGGGCCCUAUGAAGUGUUGAAAGACAGCUCUUCCCAGGAAAACAUUGUUGAAGACUGUUUGUAUGAAACUGUGAAGGAAAUUAAGGAACCAGGUGCCACAGCCAGUGCAGAGAAGAGCUGUGGUAGCAAACCAAAAGCUGCCAUGAUGGUUAAUGGGAGCUUAGAUCAUAUUCUUGCACGCAAGGUUGAAUCAGCAGAGUAUGCUUCCGUUGACAGAAAUAAAAAAAGCCGUCAGAGUGUUAAUUCAGAGAGUCCUCUUAGCAACACUCCAGACAUGGAAGAUGAAGCUCCACCUCCAGUCCCUGUGAAACUCCUUGACGAAAAUGAGAAUGUACAAGAGAAAGGAGCCAAAGAGGAAGAAGGGGUGAAGGAAGGGCCUAGUGAACCUGAGAAGAGGCUUAGCUCGCUGUCUUACAAAUCUAGAGAGGACGACCCAUCUCUUACAGAAGAUGAGAUUUCAGCAAUGUAUUCUUCUGUAAAUAAGCCAAGUCAGUCCACCAAAGAGCUGGAGUCUGCAUACACCUGUAUUCCAGAAAUUGUACCUCAGAAGUCGCCAUCUAUUUGCAGUGGCCUCUAUGCCAGUGUGAAGGACUUGGAAAACACCACAAACCUUACCUCCAUACCUCAGUUAGCAGACAAACUAAAUGGGGAGUUAGAACCAGACUAUGAGGCAAUUCAGACCCUAAAUCAUGAGGAAGACAGGAAUUGUUCAGAUUCUAGCAUCAACCAAUCAGCCCCCUCACAAGAAAAUGACUAUGAGAGCAUUGGAGACUUGCAGCAAAACAAGGACAUCACCAGGCUUUAAUCAGAAACGAAGAUCACCACCAGCCUAAUGGAAUUUUCAUCUUGGGAUGUUUUUCAGGAAGCCAAUGGCUGGUUCACUCCAUGUCUUAACUCUUGACAAUUCAACUUGCAGCUGAACAUGUGAACUGUGUCCUGUUUUUUUUUUUAAGUAUUUUGCUUUCGGUUAUGUCAAACACUUUGUGGUGUCUGAUCCAGGAUGGCUGUUUCACAUGUGUAAGUCAUCUUACAUGUGUGAUUUCUAGGAAGCAGGAAAAAAGGUUAUUGCUCCUUUCUGAAGAACAGAGAGAAGCCAAGUAGGAGCAAGCUAAAAAGAAGCAAACAGAGAAUCUGUGCAUGUUUUUCCAAAGUGUAUUUGGCGUAAUCUUGUAGGUGGUAGUCACCACAACAACAAAGGCACAAAAACAAAUCAAAAUCAAGUUGAAGGUACUAAGUCAGUAUUUGGUAAAGAGUGCCAUGCUUGCCAACUAUAAAAACUGUCAUUAAAAGGCGCAGUUAUUAUUUUGC